AAGGUCUUAAAUAUCACUAAAUAUUUACCUAACUUUGGCAAAUUGACUGUCAAAAUUUGCUCAUACGACUCAGGACUAGAAGUGCUGCAUAGGGUUAUAUAUUAAGUUUAUGUAUUUCAAGCAGUUUAAUUAAUCUAAAUAUUAUAAUUUAGUUAAUUUAUUUUAUUAACUGAACUGAAACUUGAAUGCUAAUUGAAUCAAUAUUUUAUCUGAGAAUAACUUUUGAUAAAUAACAUUUAUUUUUGCAUCUUAAUAUAAACAUUAAAUAACUAUUUUAUUGCUUGCUACCAACAGAAUAUCAACAGAUAGAAAUCUGCUUCUGUUUGCACAAUUUGAGAAGGAAAUUGCUUCAUUUUUUUUUUUUGUUAAAUAAUGGCUUUGAGAGCUUUUCAAAUACCAGCAUUGCUUCUUGUUUUUCUGAGUUUUAUAUUUUUACUUGCUACUACUACAUCCAGCAAUUGGAGAAUAUCAAGUAUAGUCAAUACUACAAAUUGGAAGUAUGAAGGUCUGUGGAUGAAUUGCGAAGCUACUUCAUUGGGUUUCAUUCAGUGCAAUACAUCGUACUUGCUCUUAAGUUCAGACACUUUUAUUCAAAUAUGUCGAGCUCUGAUGAUUACAUCCCUGGUGUUGGGGCUGUGCGGAACUCUGCUGGCAUUACUCAGUUUGAAAUGCCCUCAGCUUGGUUUCAGUGAUGAAAGAAAAAAAGGAAAGAUUUCCAUGAUGAGUGGAAUGGUAUUUGCUUUGGCAGGUGUCUCAUCAAUGGUUGCUCUUUCGUGGUAUGCAGUAAAUAUUAUAACUGAGGUUUUUGAUCCUUUCUAUGCUGGAACAAAAUAUGAAAUGGGAUAUGCAUUGUAUCUAGGUUGGACUGGUUCCCUUCUUUCCAUAGUUGGGGGAAUCCUGUUGACAUGUUCAUCAUGCAAAUGAAAUCAAAGGUAUUUAAGAGAACAUGGAUAUCGUUAUGCAACUUCAGGAACAGUUAAUGAACCACAAAUUUACAUCAAACAGGCUAAGACAGUCACACAUGUCAAAAUUAUGCUUAACAUUUUAUUUAAAACAUAUUUACAUUUGAUAAACCAAUUCAAAACAAUGCUAUGCAAACUUUUCAAAAGGAGCACUUUGCAAAGUAUGCUAAUGCGUACAACCCAUAUCUCCUUCAAGUGUUAAAGCAUCCAUUGCAUCCUCUGGAAGGCUUGCAACAGCUGAUGAAAAACCUUCCCUGGUUGCCUGUUACUGUGUAUGUGCACAUUCAACACAGAAACAACCAGAAAUAGCUCUUGAAGCAGCUGCAAAGCGUUCCAAAUAAUGUAGUGCUUUAAUAUUUCAUGGAGGGGGGCUUCACUUAUGCUUACAGAGUUUGUGAAGCAUCUUUGUCUAAUGCUUUGGCACAGCCCCAACACAUCUCUUCCUCUGUAACAUUUACCUUAGUGUGCUCUCCCAUUUGCUAGCACCAUGCUAUAGCAAUAGUUGGUGUUGCCAUCAUCUUAUCAUCAGUCAAAAAGUUUAAAUUGUCUUAGCUAUAUUGGUGUUAAUGUUGUGUUUUCUUCCUAUUCUGACACUAAGAACAAACUCAAGAUGUGCAAAAUCUGUUGGGAUUUGUAACCCACACUGAUGAGCUUGGAGGAAGGCUCAGGAAGGGACUUGCAUGUGAGACAGAGAAUCUCACAAAAAGGUUUUCUGCCCACCCAAGAUAGAUGAAUGGCAUUUUAGCUCAAAAGUGGGAAAAGGUCCUUAAGUAGCUUAUCAUUUUAGUCUGAAUAUUAUAAUAAACAUUAUGGUAUAUAAAAAAAUCAUGAAAAUUAUUUAAAUCACAUAAUCAUGUAAAAUGACAUAUCUUUCUUUGCUAAAUGUACUAUGUCACAUUAUUUUGGGACUUUAUAAAGAUAUAAUAAUAUGCAGAAUAAAGCUACUUAAAAUUCUGGAGGAUUGAGAGUAUAUUAAAAACAGUAUCUGGGAAGGAGCUAAUUCUGAUUUCUCAAGUAUUUUUCAAUAAAGAUAGAUGAUAGCUAAGA